AUGUCUAACGUCUCUGCUGAUCUCCUCUGGGAGGUUGUCCGAAGCAACAAUGCCUUCCUAGUCAAGCGCAAGAACGCUGGUGGCGUGCAGUUCUCGCGCGAUCCCUUCAACCUGACCAACAAGCAUUCAAAGAAGUACGCCGGUUUUGUCAGCGACAAGGCUGUUUCGGUGCAGCCCAACGAGAAGGGCGGCGUCACUCUCCAGACCAAGAAGAGCAGCGGUACCAACAAGCCGGCUUCAAGCUUCAACACUCACGCUUAUGGCAAAGGCACGACCAACCGCAAGACCUACUCGAACAUCUCCAACAGUGUUGGCAAGAACUCUUACCGCUCUGAUCUGAACCUCCAUGCCGUUCAGCGUUCCUCCGCCCUAAAAGACAGCCAGCGGCCGAAGAAGGAUGCCCCCGCGAAGAAGCCCCGUGGCUAUAAGGCUCUCAAGGCCGAGACUGCGGCUUGA